AUGGAGAAAGAACUAAAGAAACAUUCGCCGGUACCUCUGAAAGAAGGAAAAUUUCAGUGUGAAUUAUGUGGAUUAAACUGCAGUAAUGCAAAAGCUUUAAAUAGGCAUUUAUCUUGUCAUUCAUAUUUAAAACCACACGUAUGCGAAACUUGUGGAAAAGCGUUCAAACGAAGAAGUCAUUUAAAAAUGCAUACAAGCGUUCAUAUGAAAGAAACGCCUUAUGUAUGUGAAGUCUGUAGUAAAGCGUUCAAGAGCAGAAAUACAUUAACGCAACACUACCGUAUCCAUACAAAAGAGAAACCUUAUGUCUGUGCAGUCUGUAAUCAAGAAUUCGCUAGUAUGUCUAAUUUAAAGGUGCAUUUACGCAUUCAUACAAAAGAACAACCUUACGUUUGUGAAUACUGCGUCAAACAGUUUUCGCAAAGAAAUUCAUUAAAAUUCCAUUUAAGUAUCCACACAAGAGAAAAACCGUAUGUUUGUGAAGUUUGUCGUAAAGCGUUCACCCAAAGAGGCGCUUUAGCGAAACAUUUACGUGUUCAUUCGAAGGAAAAGCCUUAUGUCUGUGAAGUCUGCGAAAAGCCUUUCUCACAAUUAUCUAACUUAAGAACACAUUUGCGCAUUCAUACGAAAGAACAACCUUAUGUUUGUGAAGUUUGUAGUAAAGCGUUCACCCAAAGAGUCACUUUAGCGAAACAUUUACGUGUUCAUUCGAAGGAAAAGCCUUAUGUCUGUGAAGUCUGUAAAAAGCUUUUCUCACAUUUAUCUAACUUAAGAACACAUUUGCGCAUUCAUACGAAAGAACAACCUUAUGUUUGUGAAGUUUGUAGUAAAGCAUUCACCGAAAGAGGCAAUUUAGCGAAACAUUUACGUGUUCAUUCGAAAGAAAAGCCUUAUGUCUGUGAAGUCUGUAAAAAGCUUUUCUCACAUUUAUCUAACUUAAGAACACAUUUGCGCAUUCAUACGAAAGAACAACCUUAUGUUUGUGAAGUUUGUAGUAAAGCAUUCACCGAAAGAGGCAAUUUAGCGAAACAUUUACGUGUUCAUUCGAAGGAAAAGCCUUAUGUCUGUGAAGUCUGUGAAAAGCCUUUCUCACAAUUAUCUAACUUAAGAACACAUUUGCGCAUUCAUACGAAAGAACAACCUUAUGUUUGUGAAGUUUGUAGUAAAGCGUUCACCCAAAGAGGCACUUUAACGAAACAUUUACGUGUUCAUUUGAAGGAAAAGCCUUAUGUCUGUGAAGUCUGUGAAAAGCCUUUCUCACAAUUAUCUAACUUAAGAACACAUUUGCGCAUUCAUACGAAAGAACAACCUUAUGUUUGUGAAGUCUGUGGAGUAGCAGUAGAUGAUGCACAGAGGAGUAACAUUAGCAGCGUAGAUGACAAUUAUUUAAAAUAUGCAAGUAAGGUUAUCACCUCUGCUGAAACAAUAUUGGCUUCAGCGUUUCUGUUAAGACCUGAAAAAGAGUUCUGA